UCCAGUUUCCGGAGUAUCGGUUUGGAUGGUGUUUGUUAUGGUCUGGGUUUUGGGUUCAGAGUCUGGAUAGCACGAGCGUUUUUCUGCUGUAAACACUCAUUCAUGCGCUCUGACGAUUUCCUGGAUAGUUAAGUGGUUCGCCCUGAUGAGUACUAUAAUAUGGAGAAAGUCCGAAAGAUUCUAGUUCAUCUGUCGAGGGAAAACGCCGCUCCGCAGUGCGCACGAUUCGUGCAGAGCAUAACUGGACACUUUGUCGGGAAUGUUGAGGAUCAGGCAACUGUGAGCUGUUCUUUGGAGAAUAACAGAUUUAUUUUAUGUGACAGGAUGUGUGAUGGAGGAGUUCCUCUGAAGAGGGCGUCAUUUUGCCCCAUCAAAUACCUGUCUCACUCAGAGGCAGACUCCCUGCCCCCAGAUACCCUCAACCGUGGGGUAGACGUGGGCGUGGCUGUGCUGCUGCAGUCAGCCAAUCAGAGACUGUUGCUAACGCGUCGUGCCUCCAGCCUCCGGAUCUUCCCCAAUGUUUGGGUCCCGCCCGGUGGCCAUGUGGAGCUGGAUGAAAAGCUGUUGGAUGCAGGACUCAGGGAGCUGAAGGAAGAGACCGGUCUGAAACUGAGCCCUGAUGAGAUCUCCUCUCAGCUGCUCGGCCUGUGGGAGUCAGUGUAUCCGCACUUGUUGUCCAGAGGACUCCAUAAGAGACAUCACAUUGUGACGUACAUAAUACUGAGGAGCUCUCAAUCACACUUCCAGCUUCAGGCUUGUUUGCGCCCUGAUCCUGCUGAAGUCAGUGCGUGUGUGUGGGUCGAUGCAGGUCUGGUGAAUGUUGUAGUAUCUGCAGUAGAUGGUGAGAAGGAUUCUGUUCAAAUACCAACUGACCUGCCACAGACCAUCAGUGUGACAGAGGUGUCUCCACACUGUGAGCUAAUCGAGACCUCGCUGCCUGUUUCUGUGCUCUGUAACCGGGCCCCGGAUCAUGGCGAGGACAUUGAACGAGUCAGCACUGGAACCAAAUUUGCCUUAGAACUGUGGUUGAAAACACUGGAGCCUCAUGCUGAGACGGGCUGAUGACUCCUCUCUGCCUGCUUUUGUUUAUGUAUGUUACCAUUUAACCAGUGCCUUGUGGAAGACAGCACCACCUGCUGGACUGGAGCUAUUUCAACUUUCAAAUCAAAAUGCUGUCAAACAGCCUUAAAAAAAAGAGUUUUGAUUGGAAUAUGAUUUUAUAAUUAUCAGAAUGUUUAUCCAACAUUUUAUUAAUAACAACUGAAACAACAUCUUGGUCCACUAUAAUAGGGUGGUAGAAACGUCUUCCCUCUGCUAAAUAUAGCAAAUUAAAGUUGAUUUAAUGCAGUACAGUGAUAAACCUACCUUACAUUUUUCUUCCACACACAACUGCAAUGCUUUGUUUUAAUGGGAAAAACUUUUUUUUUCUGAUCACAUGAUCAGCAGAACAAUCACUUUGUUUCAGUUACCCCACAGUGUUCAGAUGCUUCCAUAUGCAGAAUAAAUUAAUCAUGCCAAAUACACCUAUUAAUUGGAUAUUUCCUGAACAGUUGGUGUGUGUGUAUUCAGGGUCAGUUUAAACAGCAGAGACGGAAAUAUGGGAAAAAUGAAAUUUGAUCACAUAUUACAUUUGACCGCUGAGAUAAUCUGCAGAAUUUCACUUGCCUCACCCUUCCUCUGACACAUUUAUGUUCGUGUUGUUCAAAUACUCUGUAUCUUGAUUUGUCAAUCAAGUUAAGGCCUGGCACAUUUUUAUCCUCUUUGCUUUUAAAAAGAAUUUGACCUGAA